UCCAUUUUCGUGCAACCGAUGAACCCAACCGAUUCCGAUUCCACUGACAUAGAAGCGUCUUUCUCACCUAGACACAAGCUUGUUAUUGAUAAAGACAACAAUGUCUGCGCCCAUGAGUGAUAUUAACGUGGACCAUUUGUCUGCUGUUCGUCAUGUCAUUCUGGUUAUGUCUGGAAAGGGAGGUGUUGGAAAAAGCACAGUGGCUACGCAAAUAGCUCUUGGACUAAGGCAUGCUGGGAAAAAGGUUGGCUUGCUUGAUGUAGACCUGUGUGGUCCCAGCAUUCCACGGAUGUUUAACGUCCAUCAGCAGGACAUACAUCAGUGCUCAGAAGGAUGGCUACCAGUAUUUGUAGAUAAAGAGCAGAAACUGGCUCUAAUGUCAAUUGGGUUUCUGGUGGAAAAUGAACAAGAUGCCAUCAUUUGGAGAGGUCCAAAGAAAACAGCAAUGAUCAAACAGUUUUUGAAGGAUGUUGUGUGGCGAGACUUGGACUACCUGAUUAUAGACACACCCCCGGGAACGACAGAUGAGCACAUCAGUGCCAUAGAGAAUCUGAAGGCCUACAAUCCUGAUGGUGCCAUUCUGGUCACAACUCCACAGGCGGUGUCAGUGGGAGACGUGAAAAGGGAGAUAACUUUCUGUAGAAAGACCCACAUUCCUGUUAUUGGACUCAUUGAGAACAUGAGUGGAUUUGUCUGUCCGAACUGUACUGAAUGUACAAAUGUGUUUUCUAAAGGAGGGGGUCAGGCACUCGCGAAAGAAUACCAUGUACCGUUUUUAGGGUGCAUUCCCCUUGACCCAGAGCUCUCCAAGAGUUGCGACGAAGGUAAAGAUUUCGUGGAGCAUUACGAGGGCUCCCCCACUCUACAAGCCAUACAGAAGGUGGUGGACAGACUUGUCAAAAUCGACAGAGACCUACCCUGAAGGGGAAAACUCCAGGGAUCACAGUAACCAGCUGAUUAAAGAAUCAAACUGCUCAAUGAAUAAAACUGUCCAUUCAAUGAUAUUACUUUUGUCUGGUUGAAUGGCAGGAUGAUAUUUUAAACAACGCUGCAUUGCAGUUUCAACUUUUUGGGAGCUCGCACAGAGAAGCUGAAGUUGCCAACAUCCCAGAAUCCAAUAAUUUGUUUUUUUCCGGAUAGGAGAUAAAUAUGUGUACCGGUAUUUCUAUAUAGGAUAAUGAUUUACAUUUUACAUUUCUACGAUAUUAGAUGAACAUUUAUUAGUAUUAUAAAUAUUUUGUAGAAAUUUUGAUUUUUUAGAAUAUCCCAUUGAGGCUGUUUGUAUAAAAGAGAUUUAAGAGCAAAUUAAACAUGUUCUUGUAUAUACAUUUACUGCAUAUAAUGUGUAAACUCAGUUUGCUGCUUCAAAUUUUCAUUACCUUUAUCUUAUUCUUUAUAAGUACAUGUAUUCUGUUGUACUAUAAAUUCUUUUAAAUAUAAACAUAAACUUUAAAACUGUAGGUUGAAUAAGAGGGUAUGUUGUGCCAUACACAAAGCUAUAUAUUUAGAUUUACAUGUAUUACCAUUUGUUUACAUUUAAUCAAUUAUGUAUCCAUACAUUUUACAUCACAAUCAUGACUGUAAAAUCUUGUAAAAUGAUAUUUGUUUGCUAUUUGUACAUGAAUAUGUAUUAAAAUACCCCAAAUAUCUUAAACCAAGCAAUUACCAGUAUUACUGCUUUUUUUUUUUCACUUAGUAGAGAGUGAUACAAUGUACACUUUCCAUCACUGUGCUAUAGAUUUUGUAAAUGUACUUUAUAAGUUAAACAAACUGAUUCUAGAGAAUACCAUGUUUUCCAGGCAAGCAUUUUGAAAACUAUUGCAGAAUCAUAAAUUUUGUGGGGGCCAAUUUCGUGGAUUACUUAAAUUUUAUAGGUUCGUGGGGACAUAGUUUCAUGAAUUCUCCUAUACCUACCAAAGGAAAUAUGACUUUAUUACCCUAAUUCAUUAAUUCAUGGAGGAUGUUCAUCUGUGGAUGAGAGUUACCAAAGAAUUCCACAAAAAUUGAGCCACCACAAAAUCUAAUGAUUCCACAGUAAUAUUCUUGUGUAAUGGAAUCAGAAUUAAGUACAUAUUUUACUGACCAGAAUGAAAAGAGAGAUUCACAACUUGUAAAAAUAGCUUUAAUUCAUCUUUUUAUAAUGAACAAAAACCUCAUGUUUCAGAGAGGAACUACUUUCUUUCUAAUUCCUUUUUCAUGAUUUUAAUUGUCAUACUAUGUAACGUGCAUUGGCAUACAAAAUGUAUCAAUAAAAGCAUACAAAAUGUAUACAUGAAGGCAAAAUCUUUAGAAUAAAAGGAUUUUCAUAAAAA